AUGCCAAUUGAGGCUUUACCAGAGAGCACAAGUCGAGCUAUCGGAUCCACCCUCGUACUCAAUGAUGCAAAGUCGGUUGUUAAAGAGCUCGUUGACAACGCCCUCGAUGCCCGUGCCACCACAAUCAACGUUGAAAUCUCCCAGAACACCUUAGAUGUUAUACAGGUCAAGGACAACGGCACUGGAAUCGGCGUUGAAGAUAGACAGCUGCUUUGCAAGAGAGGCUGCACGUCAAAGAUCCGAUCACUUGAAGACCUCAGUCGUCUAGGGGGCUCGUUUCUUGGAUUUCGUGGAGAAGCGCUUGCGAGUAUUACCGAACUAAGCAAUGUUGUAAGCGUCACUACUCGAGUUGAUGGCGAGAUUGUCGGCACUUCCCUCGCGUUUGGGUCUUCUGGAAUGCUCAGUUCUUCGUCAGCUUCCCACCCAGUCGGAACAACCUUCCGUGUGCAGAACUUCCUCCACAAUAUACCUGUAAGAAAGCAGACUGCUCUGAAGAAUUCCACAAAGACGUUGCAAUUCAUCAAAGCACUCCUUUUCUCCUUUGCAUUCGCCCGGCCCAACGUUCGAUUCUCUUUCAAAGUCCUGAAGGCAAAGAAUGAUAAAGGUAAUUGGACAUACGCUCCUAGCCAGAAGGAUACGUUGACGGAAGUGGCAUCGAAAAUUGUUGGGCAAGAAAUCGCUCUGGAAACCGUCUGUCAUUCAGCCUCCUCAGAUGAUGCUGAUACUGGGAAUGCUGAAAGCUGGACAGUUGAGGCUCUUCUUGCCUCACGUAGUACAGACUCGUCGAAAAUACGCAACGCGACUCAGUAUAUUUCAAUAGAUGGUCGACCAGUGACUUCAGACCGCGGCACCGUGAAGGAGAUCGUCAAGCUUUAUAAACGAUAUCUACAAGCUGCACAUGGCUCUUCGGAAAGCUCGUCAAUACCACGGCCCUUCCUGUGCUUGCAGAUCAAAUGUCCUCCUGAGAGUUACGAUGUCAACGUGGAACCGGCGAAAGAUGAAGUUCUCUUCUUUCGUCCAACCAACCUGCUGUCCCUAGUGGAGAAUCUCUUCAAAAUGGCCUAUCCAAUUUGCGAAGAGAAUAAACGACUUGACCAACCCAUCAUAGAAGUUUCGCAAGGAGACUCUCCCUCAAAUAUGUUCGAUUACAGUGCAUUUCCAACGGAUGAUCAUACAAAGGUCGCAUCAAAGAAGAGUCUGGUAUCUGGCCUGCCCCUCUUACCACAAGAAAAAGGCGUUUCGCUGUCAAGUAUUGCUAUUUCCAACCCAUUCACAAUAGCAGCAAUGACUACCAGGGUCCUACCAAAGAAGAUGGGCUUCACUGAAGCAUUCUCCACUACAUCUUUUGGCGAGAAAUCGAAAUCCCCACCAAGUGGAGAGAAUUUUGCGAAGCCAGGAACUGGGACACGAGCCCACCGAACUUCUCUUGACCAAAUGACUUCACUGCCAUCACCAAAUGCCUCUUCCGAUGAUGCAGUUCCCCACCAGAACCCGGGUCCACCCCUACGAUGUCGUCCGAAGGUGCCAACGAGGCAAAACGCUGGCCCGGGUGAUGCCGCCGAAUACUUUGGCAACACAAAUGACCAGAGAUCUCCGGAGAAUAGCACACUUCUACAAGCUUGGCUGACACCGGUGACGGGGGAGCGUCGACCUAGUAGAUCAGAAAGAGAACCUCAGAUAACACCAUCGCGUCCCGGAGGAUUUGGUGAAACUGACGAUCAAGAGAUACAACUUCUACCCAACAUGGACAAUCUCUGUCGCACCUCUGCAAACUCAACUUCUAACCUGAAGUGCGGUCCCGGGCAGAAGACAUUUCGAUCGCCUCUGAAACGCCCAUCUAAUGGACGGAAGCCUACUGGCACGAUGAUGGCGUUGCUUUCGACGCCUGCAGAUCAGUCCGAAAAUGUCGCAUCUACAGCUGCAUCUGAUUCCACCCAUCCGUUGAAUGACUCGCGGAAUCCUGGAAUAGCUUUGAACGCAACAUACCUUGCAAGACUUGAAACCCCUCAGCAGACGCUUCGAAAGCAAUCAACGAGUGACGAAUCACCUGGGGGCAGUGAGUUGGCAGAUAUCAUGGACUUCGAGUACAGGAAGAAGGCUGUCAUUGCUCAGCAACGGCGGUCAGGGGCCAAAUUCCCGUCAAGAUCGAUUAAUGACGUUCUGAAAUCUCGUGCAGCCGAAAACAACCUCAUGACAGUCCGCCAAUCAGAUGCAUUUGUUACGUCGAAUGGAGACAAGGCUACGAGCGUCCUCGACGAAGCAGAUUUCGCUGCCAGAUUCGGUGAUGUUGACACAACUCCACGUAAGCAAAAUAAGUCCAACCCACACCACAACCGCUACUUGGCAGCGAUCAAAGAUCUAUCGCACUCUCAUCCCAAAUAUUCCAAUGUUUCACCGGACGGCUCGUCGCCUGCUCCUACCAAUGAUGGGGCUGCGUUUAUCAGCGCUCAAGAAAUGGUGUCGACUCCCUCUCUUCCGGAGGAUGACCCGCGUGCCUAUUUUAUGCGACAACGGCAAAGAAAGGGAAAGUUCACACUCUAUCGAACUCGGUCCUCAAAACUUCCGCUCGAGACCAUCCCCGCCGAAGAGAUGACGCUACAUCUAGUGCAGACUGUCGAUGGAUUCCGCAAGCCCCACAAUAUCCCAAUGCUAGUGGAACAUCUUUCACAGCACGACCGAUAUAUCAUUGACGGAACGAUCGCUUGUGCCAAGCUUGACGCGGGCUCAUCGAUGUCCGCAGUUCGGCGAGAGACAAUCCUCCAGCUGAUGAAGAAGACCUAUCGAGGCCCAGAAGGCGAGGAUCUAGGGUUCGGGGUUCUCAAUCACAGUCUUGAUGUCAAUGUUCUGACCAACCAUGGCUGA